AUGAUGCUGUCGACGAGCGGCAUCCGUGUGAAUGGCAUCGCGCCUGGUUUUACUCAGUCGAGCAUCCUGACUAGCUCCUCAAUUGCUGAAAAAGGGAGCGAAUACAAGGUUCAGGCUACAGAAAAGGACAUCCAGAGCACACAUUCCAAAUUUUUUGAGCGCGCGGGGUUGUUGGAUUCAGAAGCACAGUCAUACUAUUAUAACCGUAUGGCAGACCCAGAGGAGAUUGCAAGCAUAGGCGUCUUCCUCGCAAGCGAGCUAUCCAAGGCGGUCAAUGGGCAGGUGAUCCUGGCGGACAGUGGUAAGACAGCUGCGGCCACAGGCGAAGCAUGCACGGGCAAGGUACCGCGUCUCAUACCGCUCGAGGUUUAA